CUACGGCGCAUGUACGGUCACGUCGUGGAGAGGGCGACCCUGGCGCGCGACCUCCUGGCCCCCGCAGCCGCAGCCGCAGGGAGCCAACUCUCCGGGGACCCGGCCAGUUUCCAUAGCCGCAGCAUCCUCGCCCAGCGUCUCGACUUGUUCUUCCCCGACAAUGGCGACGACGACCUGCGCGCCGAUCUGGCGCGGUUCGGCGCCAUCGAGGCGAUCGCCUUGUGCCGACACCUGGGCAUGGCGGUGAUCGUCUUCAGGGACGAAGCGACCGUCCCGAUCGCUUUCUCGAGGCAGGAGGAGGCAUCACACGGGGUGUAUAGCGCAGUUCCGCCUCCCCACCUAGCGCUCCCCACUAUUUUCAUCCAUCCGAGCAGUAUCAAGGUUAAUUUGUUCCCGCCAGCUGCGUCGACUACGGGAGAUUCGGUGUCAGUAUCCGCAGAAGGCAGCACAGAGCCAACAAGAACAGAGGCAACAAGGAUCGAAGGUAGCACACGGUCAACAACACCGCUGUGGAUGGAAUCUAGGCCAGCGAUUGUGUUCCAAAACUACCUCAGCGAGGGUCCAGUCACCAGUUCGUUCGUGUCAUCAAGAAGGUCACAGAUUUACGGGCCAACAAUGGAUGCAGAUGGUCACUUGUGGAUGGAUGGCACCAGCAUCACCAAGUAUGGAAAAGCCAUAGAAAUAAACCGACGAGCAUCGGUACGAGUUGUUCAAGUGCCUCAGCUACUGUACCAGUCAGAGGCGGAUGUAGCGGCCGGGCACAAACCCCCACCAUCACCUCGGAUCACAACACUUUGGUCGUCAUUUGGCUCCAACUUCAUUAGUUAAAAAAAAUUACGUUUGGUAAGCA